GCCAGCACAGGGCCCUCGUCGUCGCCUCCGUCGUCUGUCUGUCGUUCUCUCUUCAACUUCGAGCAGGGGGCCAGGAAAGCGCUGCCCAAUAUGAGUCAAGAUGCGGCAGAGCAGAACAUUCAGAUGUGGAAGAUCAAGAAGCUCAUCAAGAGCCUUGACUCGGCCAGGGGUGCUGGUACUUCCAUGAUCAGUCUGAUCAUUCCACCAAAGGAUCAAAUCUCGCGGGUGUCUGCUAUGUUGACGCAGGAGUACGGUACGGCGUCGAACAUCAAGUCGCGAGUCAACAGGUUGUCGGUGCUCGCGGCAAUUACGAGUACACAGCAAAGGCUAAAGCUGUACAAUCGAGUCCCGCCAAAUGGUCUCGUGCUCUUUGUGGGCACGAUCCUGACCGAUGAAGGAAAGGAAAAGAAGGUCUCGUUCGAUUUCGAGCCUCACAAGCCCAUCAACACGUCGCUAUACUUAUGCGACAACAAAUUCCACACGGAAGCCCUCCAAGAGCUCCUCGAGUCAGACUCGAAGUUCGGCUUCAUCGUCAUGGACGGUAACGGCACCCUCUUCGGUACCGUCGCUGGCAACACCCGCGAGGUGAUCCACAAGUUCACCGUCGACUUACCGAAGAAGCACGGCCGUGGUGGCCAGUCCGCCCUGCGUUUCUCGCGUCUGCGUGACGAGAAGCGACACAAUUACGUCCGGAAGGUCGCAGAGUUGGCGGUCCAGCACUUCAUCACGAACGACAAGGUCAACGUGACCGGGCUCGUGCUAGCCGGUAGUGCCGACUUCAAGACCGAGCUCAGUCAAAGUGACAUGUUCGAUCCGAGGUUGGCGGCCAAGGUGAUCAAGGUCGUGGAUGUGAGUUACGGUGGCGAGAACGGGUUCAACCAGGCGAUCGAUCUCGCAGCGGAGGCGCUUGCGAAUGUCAAGUUCGUCCAGGAGAAGAAGCUCAUCCAGCGGUACUUUGACGAAAUCAGCCAGGACACGGGCAAGUACUGCUACGGCGUGGACGACACGCUUAAGGCCCUCGAGCUGGGUGCCGUCGAGACGCUCAUUGUGUACGAGAACCUGGACAUCACGCGGUACGUCCUGCGCAACGCGGCGGGGGACAUCGUCGUCGUGCACGCGAACAAGGAGCAGGAGAAGGACCGCGAGAAGUUCAUGGACAAGAGCACGGGGCUCGAGAUGGAGCAGGUCGAGGAGCCGCAGCCGUUGCUGGAGUGGUUUGCGGACAAGUACCGCGAGUUCGGCGCGAACCUCGAGUUUGUGACGAACAAGAGCCAGGAGGGCGCGCAGUUCGUCAAGGGCUUUGGUGGGAUCGGCGGGCUGUUGCGGUACAAGGUUGAUUUCGAGAAUUUGCAGUCGGUGGAUGAUCAAGAGGAAGACGAGUUCUACUCCGACGACGAUGACAUCUGACGGCGGUGCCGGCUCCUAUUAGGAGCCUUGCCUGGGGACGCCGGUAGGGUCACGCCAGGUGAGGCGGGGGUGGGGGGUGGGGGAGAGCGAGAGGCCGAGUGGAAGCUGCAAGAGGAUUCAGUCCUGCUGGACUGUCCGAGAACAAAACAAGCUGUGGAUCAGUUGGGGCGUCUGGCAGAGAUAGUAAGACAUCGGAAAGACGCAAAGCAAGUGGAAGGACGAUAUUUGCGCGAAGAAGCUCAUUUUUCUGUAACGACAUUCAUUAUGUAUCGCGACGUAUUUAUUUGCACCGUAGGAGAGGAUAGGCUGGAGAGGGAUCGUGAGAGUGCUGUUGUAUAAGCAUCAUCGUUCCAGUGCGUCUUUGUGAUAGCUGUAUGGACUAUGUCUUGUUCAGUGUUUUGCGAUUGCAACUUGCUAUCAUACCCUACGUUCACUCAAAGUGAUGCCUGAGAUUGGAGAAGUACUGGCACUCCUCGUUGCGAUAGACUGCUAAAAGAUUCCGUUGGUCUCCGGCCC